AUGAUUUUCUUAAUGGUUAAGGCUGGACGGAGCCGAGCGCAUGAUGAGUCGUGGGAAGCUUCCCGCUCCGAUGAACAUCCCAUUGGCGGUGCGGGAAAGGUGGCGCGGGGAGGAGGUUGGGGGUGGUGGUCUGAGUUUGAUGCUUCAACUAAGGCAAGGACUAGAACUGCAACUUCCCAACAAAUCACCGCUAACAGAGAUUCUUAUCGGAAAACAGUCGGAAAACUCGGAAUUGAUAUCCUUCAAUUCCUCAAUAUUUUCGUCUUUGUGUGUGUUGGUUGUUUGUCGUUUGCUCGCGGAGGAAGACGAAUGUAUCUUUGUAAAAAUGAAAUGGCGUCGACGACUACGGCGGCGAGGAAACAUGUGGAGAAGAUACGGAAGACGAAGUUCUCCAUCGGCGGAAAAUCAAACCCUUUAACGGAGGAUCUUCAUCAGGCUGUUAAGAAUCUGUCUGCCGAACUUUACGCUAAGGAUGUUCAUUUCCUAAUGGAACUAAUCCAGAAUGCGGAGGAUAACGAGUAUCCGAAAGAGGUUGAUCCUUCCUUGGAGUUUGUGAUUACCUCAAAAGACAUAACAAACACAGGAGCUCCAGCGACACUUUUAAUUUUUAACAACGAAAAAGGGUUUUUAUCAAAGAAUAUCGAUUCAAUUUGUAGUGUUGGACGUUCUACUAAGAAAGGCCUCCGUAAGUGUGGUUAUAUAGGAGAGAAAGGAAUUGGAUUCAAGAGUGUCUUUCUGAUAACAGCUCAACCAUACAUUUUCAGUAAUGGGUAUCAGAUAUGGUUUAAUGAAAAGCCUUGCCAGCAGUGUAACCUUGGUUAUAUUGUUCCUGAAUGGGUCGAGGGUGAUUCAAUUCUAUCUGCCAUUCAAAGGGUAUAUGGAUUGGCUUCUCCACUUCCAACCACAACUCUAGUAUUGCCUUUAAAGCCAGAGAAAGUCAAACCAGUCAAGGAUCAGCUUUCAAGUAUCCAUCCUGAAGUUCUCUUGUUUCUUUCAAAGAUAAGGUGGCUUUCUGUGAGGGAAGUGAAUGAGGAUUCUAGGCUUAACACUGUAAGCGCAGUAUCCAUUUCCAAAGAGAAAAACUUUGUUACUGCAAAGAACAUGGAUGCUGAUUCCUACACACUCCAUCUAACUGCUGGUGAUGGAGUUGAGAGAGAAUGUGGAUACUACAUGUGGAAACAAAGAUUUCAUGUGAAACCUGAAAAUAAAGUUGAAGCUAGAAUGGAGGUAGAUGAAUGGUCAAUCACCUUUGCUUUUCCAAAUGGGGAAAGGCUCAAAAGAGGUUCAAGUUUGCCUGGAAUCUAUUCCUUUUUACCAACAGAAACAGUCACACACUUUCCUUUCAUAAUCCAAGCUGAUUUUCUCAUGGCAUCUUCAAGGGAAAAUAUCCUCUGGGACAACAGAUGGAACCAGGGAAUUCUUGAUUCUCUUCCUGUUGCUUUUAUAAAUGCGUUUACCUCGUUGGGACACCAUCAAAGCAAAGUUGAGGAACGAGAGUCUUUCACUACACAGAAACUGUUCCAGAAACCCAAUGAAGUUGGUAGGCUGAAGCCUGCCUUUUGGAGCAUAAUCAACAAGGCAAGGAGCCAAAAGGUGAGUUUUUGCAAUGAUUCAUCCUGUGGAACCUAUCUUCUUGCUUCUUCACUUGAUAAAAAAGAGUACAAUGCUGUUCUGGAUUUUUUGGAGAUUAAACUUGUUAAGCAUCAAUGGUAUGCAAGAUUCAUUGUGAGCUCUAAGCUUGCAAUGGGUGUCUCAGAGGAUGUUUAUAUACAGCUUCUGUUAUUCAUCGCAGAGAAUUGGGUGUCUGAUUUUUACCAAACCGACAUCAUGAAAACACCAUUGAUCAAGUAUGUUGGGGGAGAUGGGAAGGUUGAUUUAGUUACUUUGGGUACAAACAAGUUGCUAGCUUCUGAUUAUGAUGAUAUUUCAUGGUUGAUUAAUUGGAACAAAGAGUUCCAAGGUUCAACUGGUAAACAUUUUUUACCUAAAUCCACACAAGAAGCCAUACGAUCAUGUGCAAAGAAAUCAACACUAGUGAAGUGGCUUAAAGAGAAAGCAAAUGUUAAUUUUGUCAGUGUUUAUGAAUAUGCUCUUCAUCUUCUUAAUAGUAGUUCAGUCACCACAGACCACAAGCUAGCUGUCACUUAUGCUCAUUUCCUCUACAGGUCUUUACAAAAGAAGUAUUUGGAGGAGUAUCAGGUUCAGAGUCUGUGUAGUGAGAUGCCGAUUGUUGAUAACUAUGGGAAUGUAACUCAAACAAGAAGUGGAGUUCUUGUACCUUCCAAAGGAAGCAGAUGGGUGGAGUUGAUUGGUUCAAAUCCUUGGAGGCAGCAUAAUUAUGUUGAGUUGGGUGAAGAUUAUACACGUCGUGUCACCUAUUUUGGUGAUGCUACAUCAGGUCAAGAGCUUGUUUCGUUUCUUCAAAAAUAUGUUGGAGCUUCUGAUGUUCCUAAUCUAUUCCCUCCUAAUGCUGCUAUUCCUACUCUCUCUUCUACUCUCACUAAAAAAAACACAUUCCUGCUUCUAGAGUGGCUUCACUAUAUAAGGACAAAGGGGAGUACAUUACCAGAAAGGUUUUUGUCUUCAAUAAAAAAUAGCAGCUGGUUGAAGAUCUCUUCGGGCAGUGGUUCUGGCUAUCGCCCCCCAUCAGAGUCAUUCAUGCCAGACUCAUCAAUCGGGAAUCUUGUAAAGAAAGGUUCAAAUCUUGUUGAUGUCCCAUUGAUUGAUUUGAAAUAUUAUGGUGUUGGGAUGAAGGAUUAUAAAGAAGAGUUACGAACAAUUGGUGUUGGGUUUGAGAAUGCAGAAGCCUGUGAACAUAUCGGUAAGCGUCUCAUGUCUCUUGCAGCUAAUUCUAAUCUUAGAAGAGACGAUUUCAUUUCGAUACUCAAGUUCAUUAAGUAUCUAGGAGCGAAUUAG